AUGGCCAAGGACAAGUCCGAUAGAGAGAGAAAGAAGGAGAAGAAGGAGAAGGAGAAGAAACGCUCCGAGACCGAUGGUGUGCACAAGAAAUCUAAGAAAGAUAAAAAGAAGGAUACAAGUUUGCUUGCUGAAGCCGUGGAGAAUGAAUUGACCACAAAGGUCCUAGAGCAUCUGGAAAAACCCGAUGCCGAGCCAGCUCCUACCGUUACCACCGCUGAGACCACUUCGAAGAAACCUGCUCCGGAGCGAAUUGUUGGCUCUCUCGUUCCGUUUGCAAAUCCCCUAGCCCAAGAUAAGGUUGCAAAGAAGGUGCUCAAGAGUGUUAAGAAGGCUGCUGUAAAUAAGUCUCUCAAACGUGGCGUGAAAGAAGUCGUCAAAGCGCUCCGGAAAUCACCAGUACCUGCAGCAAACGCCGUAAUCGACACCCCAACCGCUGUCGUCGUCCUCGCAGCGGAUAUCUCACCCAUGGACGUCAUCUCACAUAUUCCUGUUCUGUGUGAAGACCACGGAAUCCCUUACGUUUAUGUCACAUCAAGAGCUGAGUUAGGAAGUGCCGGCGCCACCAAACGACCUACAAGUGUUGUCAUGGUGUUGCCACGAUCAAGCGCAAAGGGCAAGAAAGACAAGGACAAGAAGGAUAAGAAGGAUGGCGGAGACGGGGAGGAUAGAGAAUACUAUACGGAACUUGUCAAGGUUGCGCAAAAGGAAUCGAAAAGGGUAAAAGUUUAG